AUGAAAAGAAAGAAGAGAAAUGUUGAAGAUAUCGAUGACACUGAUAGACUUUUGGAUAAAUUAAGUGAUGAAGAAUAUAAAAAAGCUAGAGAUAUCAUUAUGAACCACAAGACACUCUGUAAUACAGAAAACAAAAAUGAAAUCUGUAAAGAUCUUGUUGGAAAAUUAAAGGCCAUUACUGAGGGUAAUAAAGCUUCAGACAGAGCAGAACAAGGAUCAAAAAUGCAUCCUGUAGUGGUACCUGAAAAUAAAGGACAAGCCAAGCAAAGUUUUAGAGCAAACAACAUUCCAAUAGAUAUGACAAAGCGCGAAGUGUUUCCCCUGCCGCUCACUGAUGAAUUGACCGGACUUUCAAAUCGGGAUGCAAUUGGAUACGGUGCGGAACCAUAUCAACAUGUUCCUUCUUACUCCUUGCCCUACUCCCAUCAGCCACAAUUGCUUGACCCGUCAUGCUUAUUGGCUCGCCUUUUGAAGAAAGGACAUCCAUUAGGUGGAUAUGAAAGUCACGUACCAGAAUAUGCUCCAAACACAGGAUAUACUCAAUAUCCAACAUAUCAUGGAAUAUCCAAUCAGUAUCGAGAAAGUGAAGACCACGAAGAUCAGCCAAUUCGACAAAUACAUCCACAAGAUGAAGCAAUAUUUGCAGAAUUUUUGAAGCAAUAUGCAUACCUUGAUGAACAAAAGAGAUUGCAAGAGAAAAAUUCUACUGCACCUCGUGAGGCUCAAUGUCCUGAAGGAACAAUAUCCUGCUUCAACGGAGAAGGUUGCAUUCCUGAAAGUCAGUGGUGCAAUGGUCAUGUAGACUGCUCUGACGUCAGUGACGAAGCUAAGUGCAGCUGCAAGUCCAGGGUGGACAAAUCUAGACUGUGCGAUGGAUACUUCGAUUGCCCUUUUGGUGAAGAUGAGAUGGGAUGCUACGGUUGUAGUGAAAACGCAUUCAGCUGUGAGGACUUGGAUAUCAACUCGAAGAGCAGCUGUUUCUCAAAAGAACAAAGGUGUAAUAACAUAAUGGACUGUCCGAACAAUAGAGACGAGAUCGAUUGUAACAUGCUUUCGCCGAGCCUUCACAAUAAUCCCUUGUUCGCCACUUCAAACACUGAAGGAUUUUUGCAACGGAACUUCAAAGGGGAGUGGUAUGCUGUGUGUAAAAAUCCUUACAUGUGGGCGCACGACGCCUGCCGAAGAGAAACCGGACUCAUAAUAAGGCCGCCAUACAUUCAAGUGCUGCCAGUCGAUCCAUUAUUGAGGCUCGGGUACUUGAACACGGGGCCAGAAGGAAUGAUCCACACUAGUAACACCUGCUUUAACUCUUCAGCAAUAUACGUCACGUGUCCUGAAUUACUUUGUGGUACAAGAAUUUCAUCGACUUCGCAAUUAAUGAAAGAGAAUUCUGCGAUCGAGAACCAUCUUUUCGGAAGAAACAAGCGCUUUCUUUUGAAUGGCCGUCCAUACCCGAUGUCUUUUUAUGAUCCACUAAAGAGGAAUAUUAGAAAUAAUGCAUUAAUUACCGAACAAAAAGAAAGCAAGAAAGUGACGAGUAAAACGAAAAGGGCACAGGCUAGGGUUGUGGGUGGAAGACCUAGUAAGCCAGCUGCUUGGCCCUGGAUGGCAGCGCUGUAUAGAAAUGGCAUGUUCCAUUGUGGUGGGGUCAUCGUUACUCAGCAUUGGGUACUGUCAGCUGCUCAUUGCGUACACGAGUUUUGGAGUCAUUAUUAUGAAGUGCAAGUUGGCAUGCUGCGUCGAUUCUCAUUCUCACCACAAGAGCAGAAUCACCGCAUUACUCAUGUUAUAGUGAACCAGAAUUAUGAUCAAGCGGACAUGAAGAAUGAUCUAUCUCUUCUAAGAGUGAAGUCGUCAAUUCAGUUUAGCAGAUGGGUCCGGCCAAUUUGUUUGCCUGGCCCCAACACUGCUGGACCUGAGUGGCGAUGGGGUCCCGCCCCUGGUACUGUCUGCACAGCUGUUGGAUGGGGAGCCACUGUAGAGCAUGGUCCAGAUCCGGAUCAUAUGCGAGAAGUUGAGCUGCCUAUUUGGGCAAAAUGCAAACAUUCAGAAGAUCGAGAUGGUAAAGAAAUAUGUGCUGGCCCCGUUGAAGGUGGAAAAGAUGCUUGCCAGGGUGACAGCGGGGGCCCACUUGUCUGCAGAAGCCCUUUGAAUUCUCAACAAUGGUAUGUGGCUGGUAUCGUAAGUCACGGAGACGGGUGCGCCCGCAAAGGUGAACCCGGAGUUUACACGAGAGUUAGUCUCUUUGUAAAAUGGAUCAGAUAUCACAUCGGUUCAAAAAUAUUACCAACAAUUCAGCCACAGCAAAAGUGCCCAGGAUUUAAAUGUACCUCGGGACUAUCUAAAUGCCUACCGGACAAAAGAGUGUGUGACAAAACUGUAGACUGUCUGGACGGAGAAGAUGAAAUGAACUGCAACUCUAUGCGUUCAUUUGACAACAUAUUUUUAGCUCGAACUUCAUCAGACAAUACUAACGCUAAUCCUUCUACUGCUCGCGAAUCAAAUAAUAACGAUUCGGUUAAAAACUUCCAAUCUUCGGAAUCAAGUGAUAAAGAACAAUGGUUAGGAAAUGAAGAAACAGCCAAAAAACAGCUAAAUGAUGACAUGUUACACGCUUCUACGAUUGAAAUAUCAAUACCAAAUAGCUCUGAACACAUGCGAGAUAACUCAGAACAAGAUAUUGAUCCACCGUCAUUUGGCAGAGAAAGUGAUUUUAUCGCUGUAAGUUCUCAGAACUCUCAUCCAUUAGAAUCAAGAUCUUCAUUACUAGAAAAGGAAAAUAUUAAUGAUGAUGAAGCAGUCAAUAUGCAAUCAAGAGCAUCUGAUAUUCAAGAAGACUGGGCUACCACCCCGCCAUCAGAAUCUUCCACUAUAAUGUCAAGUAUGAGUGUCAAAACAAACAGUCCGAUUACUGAACAAACUACGUCAACGAUGCCGAUAACUACUCCUUUGCCUGUACUGUCAACCACUUCAUCUAUGUUAGAAACUACAUCAAUCCUUGAUUCAGAGCAAUCAAAGCGCAAAAUCAAUAAUCGCGAAGAUGAUGAAUCAGAAUCUAAAUCUUUAUUGGUAGAACUAUUACCUCACUCAGAAAAUGUAGAUGACGAGAGUGAAAAGAUUACUGGUGAGAGCAAUGUUAUAGAAAAAAAAGAAAUUUCACCGUCAGCCAAAAUAAUUGACGAUUUUUCAAGCAAAAAGAUUAGUACCUUUGAUGAUAAACUUGAUAUUAUUCAUAAAAUAGAAGAUUUAGUGUUAUCUGAACUCCAACCGGCAAAGAUAAGAAAAAAACAUCUAACACCUAAAGAAUUUGAAUGCAGACGAAUAUAUCAAACAAUUCCAUACAGUCAUCGAUGCGACCACAAAGCGGAUUGCGAAGACGGCACUGAUGAAUUAAGUUGCACAUGUGCAGAUUACUUGCAUGCUUUUGAUGACACUCUCCUCUGUGAUGGAAUAUUUGACUGCGCAGACGGUCAGGAUGAGGCAGACUGCUUCAGCUGUCCAGAAGAUCGUUUCCUUUGUAGAAAGAGUCAAAUUUGUCUACCGAUGAAACACGUGUGUGACGGUAAACCACAGUGUCCUCAAGGCGAAGAUGAAGUAGAUUGCUUUGCUUUAUCAAAUGGAAAAGAAUUAAAAUAUGAUAUAGACGAAAGGCCUAAAACUCGUUUGGAAGGUUAUUUGACGAAAAAACAAAAAAAUAAAUGGCAAAUCAUUUGUGAAGAUAACUUGUCAACAGAGCAACAGGAACAAGCUGCGGCUCAUAUUUGUCACUACCUAGGCUUUAGCUCUGCAAACAGAUAUUUAUUAAAGCACUUAAAUAUCGACGACAGUAUAUUGAAAUCAAACGAAUUCAGAAAAAGGAGAGACACUAGUUUUAGUGCUCCAGUUCAUUUCACAUACAGAGAAGCAAGUAGUUCUGAAGAUAACGCUAGACACAUUGUCAUCAAAGAACCACAACUGCUGAAAGAGAAAUGCCUCCCAAAUAUCAAGAAAACAUGCAUGUCUUUAUACGUAUACUGUGAUCACAGCUUGUUCACUGAUUUCGAUUUCUCUCCAAAUCUAUUGUACAGCCGAGCAGUAGAAACUACCACUAACGAAAUGUGGCCGUGGGUAGCCAAAGUUUAUGUCGAGGGUAACUAUAAGUGCACAGGUGUUCUGGUAGAUCUUCAACUGGUUUUGGUCAGCCAUUCGUGCCUGUGGGAUUCAUCAGAGAAAAAUCUGAUCUGUUAAUUCCUUCUUUUCAGUAUGAGUCGCCAUCAUAUAACAGUAGUGCUCGGUUCACACAGAACCCUAAAUGCUACUCAUGGACCAUACGAACAAAUCUUGCCUGUAGAUGGAAAGAGGGAUAUGUAUCGCAGCAACGUUGCGUUGUUACAUCUAAAGGAACCUGCCCAAUAUUCAACAAUGGUUAAACCUAUGGUUGUCCAAUCAACAGUAAUGCCUGAAAAUCGAAACAGUACCUGUGUAGCUGUGGGACAAGAUGGCAAGAAUAAAACGAUUAGUGUCUUUGUCGAGGAGACAAGAGAAAAUUGUCAUCACCACAACAAAUGUUUCAAGUUACGUUCAAAAUCUAAAUCACUCUGCCUGCCAGGAAUGGUGUCCAGUCAACAAUGGGCUGGUAUCAUCAGUUGCCACAGUGAACGAGGGUGGUACCCAGCUGCAACGUUUGUCGAUAUCCGUGGAGAAUGUGGACUCCAAGAUCGGAUAAUUGGAACUGGUAUUGAGGACCUGAAAAUAGAAAUUCAAAAUGCUGGUAUAAACGGUGCAAUCAUAAAAAAACAAGAUUUGGCCGAUAAAUGCCAUGGUAUACGGUGUGGGCGCGGCAAAUGUAUAGAUUUGCUUCACGUCUGUAACGGCGUCAGGGACUGCGAAGAUGGAGGAGAUGAGUCAGAAGAAUCCUGUAAAACUAAGCAUCUAUUUUGCGAAAAAGAUCCUUAUGAUAAAAAUUGUGAAUGCUCCACGGGUCAGUUCAGGUGUCAUAAUGGUGUCUGCAUAUCCAAAGAGCAGUUCAAUGACGGCAAAGAUGAUUGUGGAGAUGGCACUGACGAGCCAGAACAGCUUUCUUGCGCCAAGUACUUGGCCAGAGUCAUGCCUUCCAGGCUCUGCGAUGGGGUCAUCCACUGCAAGGAUAGGAGUGAUGAAGAUCCUAUGUUCUGCAAGUGCUUUGCUAAGCACACAUACCAAUGCGGCAGAACAGCUGAUGUGGAACAUUGUGUUGCCCCAGACGUUGUAUGUGAUGGUAUCAACGAUUGCCCCAAUGGCGAGGACGAAAGUACUUGCGUUGGUCUAUAUGCCCCACAAGGCACGGGGUAUGGAAAAGGACAAGUAAUAGUGCGCUCCCAUGGCGUGUGGCAUACGAAAUGCUACCCUAACAAGAAGCAUUCGAAAUCAGAGCUCGAAGCGAUUUGCAGGGAAUUGGGCUUCAUUAGCGGUCAUGCGAAGGAACUUGAGAUAUCUAAUAAAUUUAAACCGCACCCCUAUAACAACGUACUGGUGGAUCCAUUUAGCGACGUAUUGCUCAAUAACAGAACCCAAGUGAAACUUAGAAACAGCCACGCUCCUUUAGCUAGAGCUAUAUUCGACGAUCAAUUGAAUAAUUGUCACCCAGUUUUUAUUGAAUGCAUGUAGUUUUAUUUGUUUUAUUUAUUGGU